AUGUCUCCGAGGACGCGACGCCAGACUCUCCGCCAUGCGGCAGGACAUGGCUACCAACCGUAUUUCACCAAGAAUGACGCCGCAAAGGCAAAGGAGAAGUCCAAACAAGCGGCCACCGCGAAGCGUGCUGCCCCAGACCCGUCAGCCACCGAAAACGUGCGGACACUCGUAGACCCACAACGCGACCUCGGGAUGCCCAGCCGGCUGGCCUACACGAAGAUCGAGAAGGGCUACAUCUCGCAUCUCCACCCUCGGAAGCAGGAGAAGGCGCUUCUCACGCAGGUCAUGUUCGACAAGAUCUGGGACGUGCUGCACGACCCGGCGACCUCUCGGGUCGGGACGCCCCAGUUUCGCUGGUGGGUUCGGAAGAUGUUCGUGUUGUCCAACGAGCGGCAGGCACUGUCACUGAAUAAGGAAGAUGCCGACGGCGACGAUAUGCCUGUGGUGCUGCACGAGAACCGGCCGAUCGCGCUCAAGGAACAGAUCUAUGAUAUCCUGUGCUACUGCCACCGCCUGUCCAACCAUGGAGGGAGGGACAAGACUACGGCUCUGAUCCGUGAGCACUACUCGUGGAUCCCCAAAGAGCUCAUUUCGCAGUUCGUCAAGGCAUGUCCGACGUGCAUGUACAAGAAGACUGGGAACGUAGAGCUGGCGCUG